UUGCCUGAUCUGUGAAAGGCACUUCCAUGACGUUUUAAAUAUUUGUUUUUAAAUAAAAAAAAGGAAAAUCGCCUGUUUACAUGAUAAGAAUCAAAGGAAAUUAACAAAAUGUCUAAAGGGUCGAUAGUUUUGAUAGCCUGUGGGAGUUUCAGCCCUCCUACGUAUAUGCAUCUGCGAAUGUUCGAAAUUGCCCGUGAUUACAUACAUUCGUUUGGUAUUGGUUCAGUAGUCGGCGGAAUCGUUUCUCCUGUCCACGACGCUUACGGCAAAAAGGAUUUAGUUGCUUCGCAUCACAGAAUUAGCAUGUUGAAAUUAGCCUUGCGUUCCUCAAACUGGAUCAAAGUAUCGGAAUGGGAAUCUCGUCAGGCUGGCUGGACAAGAACCAGACUGUCCUUAAAAUACCAUCAAGAUAUAAUAAAUGGAUACAAAUCAAAUUUAGAUCCAGAUUCAGCGGAGUGGUUGCCAGAUGACGUUCUCAAUGUGAACAGCUAUGAUGAGACUGACAACUUUCCUCUAAUGACGAAUGGUAACUAUCAAGAACGGGUGACAGUAAAGCUGCUCUGCGGUGCUGAUCUUCUGGAGUCCUUCGCCACCCCGGGACUUUGGUCUGAUGAAGAUAUCGAAGCAAUAGUCGGUACGCAUGGCUUAGUGGUGGUCACCAGGGCAGGCAGUAACCCCUCCAAGUUUAUUCACGAAUCUGACAUACUUUAUAAGCACAGGAGGAACAUCCUGCUGGUGCCCAACCACGUGGUCAACGAGGUGAGCUCCACCGUGGUGCGGCGGCUGCUGCGGCGAGGCGAGAGCGCGCGCUACCUCACCGACGACGCCGUGCUCGCCUACGCCGCCCGCCACGCGCUCUACGCCGCCGCGCCUGAGCACGCGAGUCUGCGCGACGUGACGUCAUCAACCGCGCGCCCGCCGCCUGGGAGGCGCGCCAAAAAAACUAACUUUCUUAUAUCGAGCUCCCGCACCGACUCGGUCAGUCCGGUCGACGGCGUGAAACCGAAGCUGGCGUACGUGGACAGGGUGCCCCCCGGCUACGUGCCCGGGAAAGCGGUCAAGAUCGUUAGUGACGUCGCCCAGCACGCCACGGCCGGCGACAAGGUGAGUCCGCACCCGUAUGGCGGCGACCCCCCCGCGCGGCCCCCCUCGCCCCCCCGCCGCUCCUCGAGGGGGCGGUGCGCGGCCGACGUUAAGACGAGUCGAUCGGAAGCAAGCAAGCUGUGCGACAAGGCGAGCGCGGGGCAGGGGUUGGGGGGCGCGGUGCGGGGGCCGGGGAUUGGGGCGCGGGGGUCGCGGAGCUGCGAGGACAUCGUGCGUCUGCUGCUAACCAAGCACGGCAUCCACGUGCUGAGCGACUCGGAGGCCGUCGUGUGAGCGGCCGCCGGCCCGCCCCCGCACAAUGUUCCAGAACCUUCACUUCCACUUGACAAUAUUUUACUACGUUUUAUGAGAGUUUUUUUUUCUUCCUCUCUACAAUAAAUUAAUGUAGAUACAGGCAAUAUUUGUGUAAUAUCAGAAAUAGGUAAUGCACUUGAAUUCAUCUGGAGCAGCGAUGAUUUCUUUCUACAAAAAAAAAAACAUUCGGGAUGUGUUCGUAUGUAAAUUUUGUGAUUUGAACGAAUAAAAAACAUUACGUUUAGUGCUCAACGUUUCGAUACGGUAACCCUAUAUGGCAACACUAGGAGAAUUUAAAAAUCUAGCAACACUCAACUCUUUUUACUUUUAAAUUUACGGACGUGUAGUCUAUUUGUAAAGUUGAAAUAUUAAAAAUAUAAUAUAACUUAUUUGAUUAGCAUGUCGUCAGCGUCUACUAAAUAUAUUAUCUAAAAUUUAUUCAAUGGAACCUCCAUAAUUGUAUUUGAAAAGUAUUAAAAGCCAAAAACAUUGCCAAAUUUACAAAAAAAUAAAUAAAUUAGAAAGUCAAUUCAAUUAUGA